UAAACAGUAUCCAGCUAGACAAGGGUCACAGACAGCUUGUUACAGAUGUGGUGACACAAAUCACACAGCAAAUGCCUGCAGGUUUAGGAACAGCACCUGCUAUGGGUGUGGGAAGAUUGGUCAUACAAAGAGAGUGUGCAGAAGUUCCUUAGACAGAGAUAAAAGUAAGAAAGGCAGCAAGUCACGUGCAGCUUUUCAUGUGCAAGUAGAUACACCACACACUGAUUCAGAGGAAGACAAACCAUUAUACACAUUACAGAUCUACAGCCUUGAGAAUAAAAUUCCAGAACUGCAAGCAAAGGUGAAUAUAGAUGGUAAACCUCUCAUUAUGGAAGUUGAUACAGGAGCAGCAGUCUCUGUUAUCACAGCUGCUGAUUGGAACCGCCUGGGACUAAGGCAACCAAUUGUUCCAACAGCUGUCACCAUGCAAACAUAUUCAAAUGAAAUAAUAAAGCCUAUUGGGUGUGUAUCACCUACAGUGACAUUUAAUGGUAUAACUAAAAAGGUACGCCUCUACAUUUUACCUAAAGGAGGACCACCUUUGUUUGGUAGAUCCUGGAUCCAAGCAUUGGGCAUGCCAAAGUUACCACAACAGUUACCACUUAACAAACUGCUUGACCAAAGUGGGAAUUCAAAUUCUUCUUGGAUUAAUUCACUAAAGCACAAAUAUAAGACUGUAUUUGAUGGGAACCUAGGUUUAGUGAAAGACAAGCAGAUUCAGCUUCACCUAAAAGAAAAUGCUAUUCCAAAAUUUUGUAAACCAAGAGUUGUACCAUUUGCACUUAAACCUAAAAUUGAAGCAGAACUAGAAAGACUACGAAAUCAGGGGAUUAUUGUUCCAGUGUCUAGCAGUGAAUGGGCUUCCCCAAUAGUUCCUGUCAGAAAAAAGAAUGGGGACAUUCGCAUCUGUGGAGAUUUCAGAGUGGGCCUUAACCCUCAAUUACUUGUGGACCAGUAUCCUUUACCACGGAUUGAAGAAUUGUUUAGUUCUCUGGCAGGGGGUGAAAAAUUUACAAAAAUUGACUUGCAUCAAGCAUACUUACAAUUAGAGGUGCAUCCAGAUUCCAGACACCUGUUAACUAUCAACACUCACAAAGGACUUUUUCAGUAUACGCGGAUGGUGUUUGGCAUUGCCCCAGCACCUGCAGUGUGGCAACGGAUAAUGGAUGAGAUCUUGGCAGGUAUUCCACAUACCCACUGUAUGUUAGAUGACAUGCUUAUCACUGGUGAAAAUGAUGCUGCUCAUAAAGCCAAUGUUGAAGCUGUUUUACAACGCCUACAGGAAUUCGGACUGAAAGUUAACAUGGAAAAGUGUGAGUUCUUCUGCAAGAGUUUAGAAUAUUGUGCACAUGUAGUGGACAAGACUGGUCUACACACAACUGCUGAAAAAGUGAAAGCGCUGGUUCAUGCUCCCACCCCUGUUAAUGUAUCUCAGCUACGUUCUUAUUUGGGGUUGCUCAAUUACUAUCACAGAUUUUUACCAAAUUUGGCUCAUUUACUAUAUCCACUACACCGUCUUUUAGAUAGUAAAAACCAGUGGGCCUGGACUGACUUAUGUACACGAGCAUUUGAACGCUCUAAGCAGCUUCUUCUGGAAUCAAGACUCCUUGUCCACUAUGACCUUAAGAAGCCUUUGGUACUAGCCUGUGAUGCUUCACCAUAUGGUUUAGGCGCAGUACUUUCACACAUUAUGCCCGAUGGGUCUGAACGUCCUGUGUCUUUUGCGUCCAGAUCUUUAACUCCGUCGGAGAGAAAUUAUGCCCAGAUUGAUCGGGAAGCUUUAGCAAUAAUUUGGGCUGUGAAGAAAUUCCACAUUUAUAUAUAUGGCAGACCUUUUACUCUGAUCACGGAUCAUAAACCACUUUUGUCCAUUCUGCACCCUCAGAAGGGUAUCUCCAACACAACAGCUGCACGACUUCAGCGCUAUGCACUUCAGCUGGCGGCUUACAACUACUCCAUUAAAUAUCGAUGCCACAGUGAUCAUACGAAUGUGGAUAUGUUUUCUAGAUUACCAAUGGUACAUCACAUGACAACAUCUUCUAAAAUCAUAGAAACCCCUCCACAGCCUGUAAAUUUAAAUUCCAAAGUGAUUGCUACUUAUACAUGCUCUGAUUCUACCUUACAGGAAAUCAAGUCUUUUGUUCAACAUGGGUGGCCUAAAGUGGUUCGCUCUGACCUUCAGCCAUAUUUUACAAGGAAGAAGGAAAUUGUGCAUGACUCAGGCUGUCUGUUAUGGGGGUCACGAGUGAUAAUUCCGACCUUACUGCAAACAUUAGCAUUAAAGUUACUACACAGCUCACACCAGGGUGUAGUAAAAAUGAAGCAAAGAGCACGAGAAUAUUUGUGGUGGCCUAAAUUGGAUACAGAUAUUGCUUCUUAUGUAGCUGCUUGCAAUGCAUGUGCACAGACACAGCGGAAUCCCAGCAGGGACACCUCAAAAACUUGGCCAUGGCCAAAUGAACCUUGGACAAGAAUCCAUGUUGAUUUUGCAGGGCCAGUGGAAGGACGAAUGUAUUUGGUGGCUGUGGAUGCUCAUUCCAAGUGGCCAGAAGUAGUUCAAAUGUCAAGUACUACAACCCAACAAACCAUUGUUGUUCUUUCCAGUAUGUUUGCAAGAUUUGGACUGCCACAAACUUUAGUCUCAGACAAUGGUCCACAGUUCAUAUCACAUGAAUUUGAAACCUUUCUAGAUACAAAUAACAUCAAACACUGUAAGACAACUCCAUAUUUUCCAGCCUCUAAUGGACAGGCUGAAAGAUUUGUACAAACUUUAAAACGCCACUUAGCUGUCUCUCAGAAAUCAAAAUUUAAUCCAAACUCCCUUUCUAAUUUUUUGUUUAACUAUAGAAACACACCCCAUGCCACUACUGGGCUAUCACCUGCAAUGUUAAUGUUUGGAAGACGCCUGAGAACUCCACUGGAUAAAGUUAGACCAGAACAUCCCACACAAGAGUUGAACACUUCUAGCGUCUACUGGCAGCUUAUUAAUACAUAA